AUGGGUCAAGAAACCUCGCACAGCGAUCCAAACGCACCUCCCAAGACCCUCUCAUCUCGCUCACUCAAAGGAGUGGCCGAGUACAUCCAAAAUGGCCCACCAAAGAGAAUCGUGGUCCUGACCGGCGCCGGGAUAUCAACAUCCGCAGGCAUACCCGACUUCCGCUCCCCAACAACCGGAUUAUACGCCAACCUCGCGCGUCUCAAUCUGCCCCAUCCAGAAGCCGUCUUCGACAUCUCCUACUUCAGAGAACACCCAGAACCAUUCUAUAUCCUCGCCAAAGAGCUGUAUCCGGGUAAAUUCUACCCGACAGUCGCUCACUCAUUCGUCUCACUACUUGAGGAGAAAUGCAUGUUGGAGAUGUUAUUCACGCAGAAUAUCGACUGUUUGGAACGUCGGGCGGGCGUCCCGGAUGAGAAGAUUGUGGAGGCUCAUGGGAGUUUUGCGUCGCAGAGGUGUAUUGAGUGUAAGACUGAGUUCCCUGAAGAUCUGAUGAAGGAGGCUGUUAUGAAGGGGGAGGUUCCUCAUUGUCUUGUUCCGCAAUGUAAUGGGCUUGUCAAACCAGAUAUUGUGUUUUUUGGUGAAGCACUUCCGGGGAGAUUUCAUGAGCAGAGACAUGUUCUUGAGUUUGCGGAUUUACUUAUCGUCAUGGGAACGAGCUUGUCGGUUGCUCCUUUCGCGAGUCUCCCUCAGUUUGUGAGAGAAGGCGUGCCGAGAGUUUUGAUCAAUAAAGAUCGUGUGGGUGGUAUGGGGAGUCGGCCAGAUGAUGUGAGGAUUCUUGGGGAUUGUGAUGCAGGUGUUAGGAAACUUGCCGAUGCGCUGGGAUGGCGUGAAGAACUCGAAUCCAUGUGGUCAGAGGUGAAUGGCAAGCCCAGCGAGGAAGACAAAGAGAGAUUGCGAGUGUUACGAGAAAGCAUGACGAAGGAUGAAUUACUUGAAGAGGAGAUUGCCAAGUUGACGGAAGAGGUGGAUGAGACUUUGCAUAUGUCGAAAGACCACACGGCGCGAACGAAUGAGCAUCUACAGAAAGGUCCUUCGGCUAAUGAAGAGAAUUUGAUGGCGCCGUUGAAGCUGGUUGGUGAUUCAAAGGUUCCAACUGGAGAAAAAGCACCUGCCAGUACAGAGAUAGACAUUACCUUACCACAUCAUCGCUUGUCGGAUUUCUAG